AUGUUAGGUUCGCCUCUCGAAAGCCCUGGCUAUGAUGCGAUUCUGGCUGCUUGCAGUCGUGGCAGAGCAUGGCAAGCGGUCUUGCAGCUCAGUGGCGCGAUGAGCAAGGCGGAGGUGCGGUUUGGUCACAUGGCUUGCGGUGCUCGCUUCGAGGCCUUGACCUUGGCCGGUCUUUGGGACGAGGUCCUGAAGCUCUUGGUGGAACUGCCGCAACUCUCCUUGCGGCCAUCCAGCGAGGCACUGAAGGCUGGCUUAGCUGCGCUGGAGCAAAUGGGCCACAAGGUGCAAGAAGGGGCCGGGCAUGGCCGGAUUGUGCAGCUCAAGUGCGACGAGCUUCGAUUCUCGCAGAGCAGCAUCAGUUCCAGAUUCCACAACGGGGAGUCUUUAAGAGUGAAGAUCGCUCAGCUUGUCGCUGGCGAAGCUUUGGGCCCCUGGUUUUGCCUCACCGUCGUAAGGUAUGGAGAGCACCUGCUUUGCAUGAGCAAUCGGCGCUUGUACUGCCUGCAGAGCUACCAGAGGUUGAGCCCUCAAUGGGACGGCAUGGUGGAGGUGGAGCUCUUCGAGUGGCCGGAGUUACACUCCAAGCCGGCUGUCUUUCAAGAAUUUGUUCAACAGCUGAACAAGGCUGAAGGAUACAGCUUUCAGGAUGUGACUCUGCGUCCCGGAGCGUCCUGA